AAAUGAUGCAACCGUUGAUUUCUGACGCUGAAGUCCAUUCGGAUCACACGGACGAUUCUGAAACCUACUUGGAUAUUUACAAUGAUCCCCGAGUACUGUGGUUCAAGGAACGUAUCCUUGCCUUCAUCGGCAUGGAAGACGAUGGCCUCUUCUACAAUAUGUUGGACGAAGGAGAAGUCAAGCAGAAGUUCAUCAAAUACCUGACGUCUAAUAUAAGAGACAAUGAGAUAUCUCUGGACAAGAGGAUGAUGUAUGUGUCUAAGGUGAUCGUGGACAAACUGAUUCAUGAAGAUAAAGAAUUCACUGAAUGGAGAAUUAUACCGCCUCCUCCUCCUCCACCACCACCAUUAAAACCACCCAAAAAAGGUAAAGGUAAAGGAAAAGAAAAAGAAAGUCCGCCACCAAAGGCUCCCAAAGCCCCCAAAGCUGCCCCGGAACCUGUAAAAGAGGCUGAUAAAGAGCCCGAACCAGAGCUGGAGGUUACCACCAGUAAGACCAGUAGCAAGAGUGUUAAGAGCAUGAAGAGCGCCAGUAAAACUGUGAAGAGUGUUAGGAGUGUGCGGGUGAAGCAAGAUGAUGUUCUUGGUCCUACUUCUGAAGCGGAUGUGGAAACCGCAGCGGGGACAAUGAGAGAGUUUGACGAUGAUGACUUGGGUGAACUAUUAGAAGUAGAUACAGAAGAAUCUAUUGUAGCCGAGGACAAGUAUUAUUUCCCACCACCACCUGAGGAUCUUGAUCCUGAAAUCGAUGGAACUUUGGAAUUUUAUACUAUAGUCAGAUCAGUCCCCCGCGUGAUUCAAUACCCCAAGCUGAUACCGGUGUUCGGUGAGCUGACUCCUCAACUGGCUCAUCGCCAUCGUCGCUACCUCUACUUCUUGCGGCAGACACAGAAGGGUAUACCUCUCAAUGAGAGCGACAAGUUCACUAACCUCAGGAUGUCGGAUUAUAUCCUCACUGGAGUCUUUACUGGGAAGGUCCUUACGAGCCUUGGACUGCAUUUGAAAGAGGCCGUCAUCCCAUUGUUCGAGAACCAGUUCCGCGAGAUCACCGUGUUAAGCGUGGAGUCCAGCCAUGCGAUGCUCAGCAGACAGGCCUCCUAUGUAGGGGCGCAUCAGGCCAUGGACACGGCUGGCUCACAGGUGAACUACCUAAGACCAUCAGACUACAGAAGAAUGUCUAACAUAGCAAGAGGAGAGAAUGCAGAAAGAAGAAUGAAGAACAUGCACGCAUCCUCAGAAGAGUCGUUCGACCGUUCUGCUGGAGCUUCAUUGACGCGACCGGCCUCUGUGACCGAGGACUCGCCAUUUUCGAAUACGUCUUUCUUGGCUGAAGUGGCAGAAGAUAAGAAGUCGUCAGCAGAUGAAAUCAUAACGGAUAUAAAGGAUCUCGUUGGGAUUGUUCAUUGGACUAUAGAACACAUAGAAGGCGAGAUACAACUGCCGAUGCCGAACAUCCCGAUGCUGGCUGAAGAGCAUCCGAUCAUCGAUGUCAUUGACCCCGAGCUGACCGCGCAGUUGGAAGAGGCGGUCAUGAUGUGGCAACAGCACAUUGAUAGUACUAUAGCUGCGUGUUUGGGGAAGACUCGUGAAGGCGAUGGUCCAGUGGCAGAAUAUAAAUAUUGGCGCGAAAGAGAUGCAGAGAUUUCGUUGUUAGUAGAACAAUUAAAACAACCAAUGGUUGUUAAGAUAUUGCACCUACUACAAAGAGCGAACUCAACUUAUCUAGAGGGCUUCAGAAACUACAAAGAACGACUGGUAGAACAAUACAACAUGGCGAGUGAUAAUCUAAAAUUCUUGUCGACUUUAAUGCGCUUCUUUACGGUCAUAGAAGACGAAUCAUCACUUGUUCAAGUGCUGGAAAUCCUUCCGGAACUAGUAGAGAGUAUCUACAUGAUGUGGGUACUGUCCAAGGGGUACCGCACUGAUGAUACCAUGGUACCCCUACUGGCCAGGAUCUCAUGGGCUUUGAGUGAUAAGCUGGAGAAUAUUCUUAAUGUGCACAAGCUUUUUGACAAACCAAACGAAGAAGUCCUCUCGCUAGCUCGAAACUCGCAGAAAAUAAUGGAGAUGUGGCACGCUCUAUACCGGGAGACCAGACGUAACAUAGAGCUUAGUGGCAAAGGUGCUCGGUGGGAGUUCGACCAGCCACUGCUGUUCACACAGACGGAUUAUAUCGGCACUGUGGCCAAGGACUUAGGGGAUGUGGUGCAGGUUCUCAUAGACUUCGAACGCAUAUUCGGUCUCGAAUUAAAAUCGAUCAUCAGCGAUCCGACUCAGAUCGAUGACGUGCGCAAACGCGUCAAGAACCUCGUGUAUCCGAUUCGAACGAUCGAUUUCAGUGUAUUCGUGUUCGAUAACAAGGAGAACUGGGAUGUUAUCAUGGGAGACUUCUGGAACGAAGUCAGGUAUCUGGAGGAGGAAGCUAAGAAUUAUAUCAAUCAGAGUUUUGGUAAUUUAAGGUCAUCAGAGGAAGCUCUCACAGUUUUGUUAAAGUUCUUGGAGUUCGACACACGUGAGUCCAUCCGCAAGCAGCUAUCCACAAAGUUCGACCUGGUGAUGAGGCAGUUUAUCAAGGAAAUCACCGCUAUUGAGGACAAGUUUACUCGUCAUCGUAAAGCUCCUCCGCUUCUCCGCAAUCACCCGCCAGUCGCUGGCGCCAUCUACUGGGCGAGAGCGCUCUUCAACAAGAUGAAACAACCCAUCAUGAAGUUCCAAAAGGUGCCAGAACUGAACGACUGCGAACAAAAGAAAGAAGCCUUCAUGCAGUACAAGGCAUUCUCCAAAGUCAUCAAGGAGUAUGAGGAGGGCAAGUACAAGGAGUGGGUGACGGGAGCCGCUGACUUCGUCGAGAAUAUGAUGAAGAAGAAUGUUCUGAAGGUCGAGUUUAAGAAGGAGGCUGUAGCGGCCCCAGCUGCUGGUCGUGGUAUGGAACUGACAGCCGCGGGUCGCGCUCAUGUAGAACGUAAGAAAAAGGCGGCCGGCUCGAACGUCUCGCUAUUACCGUCCGAUAUAGUGAACAAGGAGAUCGCUGAGAAACGACGAAGGGAUAAAGCUUUGAUGCUGAUGAGGAUACCCGGACAACAUUAUGAAAACGUGAGGUCACCGAGCUCCACGUCUCUGCUCGCUAAAGAAGGCUUGACGGACGUGACAUGGCGUGACUUGACUGUCCACAAGCUGAUGCAAGAGUACCAGCUGAUCUUCCAGCCAAACUUCAACAAGCAAAUAUUCCUCGUCAUCCACGAGGCUGAGUUGUUGGAACAACUGGGUUACGACUUACCAGCCUGCAUUCGAGACGUGGCCAUGCAAAAAGCACGGCUAUACUACGAACUAGAAGCGCUAGAGAGCGUCAUCGCUAAGUAUAACACAAACACUGCGUCACUCAGUACUUCGGAGACGCACCUGAUGAAGAAGCACCUUCUAGACAUGGAGAGACAUAUCCUGCCGGGGUUGACUAGAGUUACGUGGACUGCGCUCGGUAUUGGGGAAUAUAUCAAGGAUAUUACUAAAGGUGAAAAUUCCCUGCAAGCUACGUACAAGCAACUGAAAAUGGUGGAGAAAGAAAUACAGUUCUUAGUAGACCAACUGGAAGCUUUUGAUCUGUUCCCACUUCUGAGGCCUGAGAACUAUGUAGACCCUAGGACCGACCUACCUGAUCCCUCCUGGCUUUAUCCUUGCAAGGCCUAUUUCGUGGAAGUAGAAAACGAGCGCCUAGAGCGCGUAGCAGCUCUCUCUCGCAUCUACGACCGCAUCGGACCUAUCCUGAUGAAGCUGGAGUAUUUGAUCCUGGGUACCAGUACUGGCACGUCUAAUGUUAUGAACGCGUAUUAUACGCAUUGGGAGAAGAAGAUCUUUAUGUGUCUUGUCAGAUUGACGUUGGAAAACUUAGAAGACUUCCAACAGAUGCUCAGUGAAAAGGUGCCGAUGUUCCAAGUGGAUGCCGUCCUAGUGCCUCCUGAUAUCACCAUGAGGCCCACGCAGACUGAAGUGUGCAAUAUACUCGGUUAUGAUGUCAAACAUUAUCUGAACAGGCUAACAUCAUUCCCUCGCUGGAUGAAGAAGACCUGCCUCUCCUGCCCUCCCCAGCGCAUCGAAGAGGCAACAGGGAACGAGUUCUAUACCUUCUCAUUCUUCGAGGAUAUACUCCGAGUGGCCGCCAUUAAUGAUAUCACGCUGCUGAUUCAGGACACCAUAUUUAGACUCACUACGGAUAUCUGCACUUAUAUAACGAAGUGGCAAAAAUUCUCCCACCUCUGGUCUUUCGACAAGAACCUGUCCUGCGAAAAAUACGUUCAGAAAUACGAUCAAAUCUACAAGUACGACGAGAAAUUCUUCUUCUUCGAGGAUAUAAUAAACGAUUUGCAUGCCCACGUGAAAUUUGUGGAUAUCGGAGCCAUUCGAGUUAAUUUAAGGCCUGUUAUAAAGCAAGUGCAGGAUCACGCGGAAGAAUGGAAGACUAUAUUAGGAGCGUGCAUCGCAACUAAGACUAGAACUAGCAUGCAUGACCUGAAAACUCAGUUGGAGACCCUUCGCAUGACAGUAAACAUGAACAUCAAAGGUCUGGAAGACUUUAAGCUUGUGAUGGCUACAAUCACUCAAGUGCAACAGAUGACGGUCACCGCCGAGUGCAAGUACAAGAACAUGCAAGAGAUAUUCCAUAUGUUGAGACAGCACAAUAUUUUGGUAUCCGACGAAGAUUUAAUAUUUGCAAAAAAUCUCGAAGCUUCAUGGGGCAGUCUUUACCAAACCACGUUGUUCCGCGCGGCAACGUUAGAGAAGACUAAAGAGAAGUUCUCUAAGAUGAACGUCGUAGAGAUAGCUAACUUCUUAAAGGAGCUCGACGAUUUUGUGGAGAAGUUUGAUACUGAAGGCCCAGGAACUGUCGGGGAUGAUAUGGAUAGAGGAAGCUUGCUUAUGGAGGAAUACAGCAAAUACUUCGACGAGCUUGAAAACAGAAAGAAACUGCUCCAAGCAGCCGAACAACUCUUCGAUAAUCCUCUGGCUGACUUCUCGAACUUCAACCGCGCGAGAACCGAUUUUGGUUUCAUGGAGUCAAUAUACAAGAUAUACAAGUCACAGAAGUAUGCGAGAGAGAUCUGGUCGAAGACCUUAUGGGCUAAUUUGAACCCACAGGCUCUUGUGGAUGGUAUUGAGCAAUUCUUCAAAGAAUUCAGGAAAUUACCUAAAAUCAUUCGACAAACGCCAAGUGGCAUGAUGUUGGACCUCAAGAUGAGGCAGUUCAAGAAUGUAGUUCCGUUGAUGGUGUCGCUGAAGAACGAGGCCAUGCGUGAGAGGCAUUGGAAAGAACUUAUGCAUAAAACCGGCCAGGAUUUCGACAUGUCUCCGGAUCGCUUCACGUUGGAGAACAUGUUUGCUAUGGAACUGCACAAGUAUCAAGAUGUCGCUGAGGAGAUUGUCAACCAUGCUAUUAAAGAAUUAGCAAUCGAACGAGGCGUGAAAGACGUACAAGACACAUGGGCUAGCAUUGCCUUCACGGUGGCUCGGCACUUCAACCGCGGUGAAGACAGAGGGUAUACGCUCAACCCCUGUGACGAAAUCACUGUUAAACUGGAUGAUGAUGCCAUGACACUGCAGAGUAUGGCUGCUUCGCAAUUCAUCGGUCCAUUCCUCUCAGUGGUACACACGUGGGAGCGUCGUUUAUCCCUCAUAUCGGAGGUGAUAGAAGAGUGGAUGGCGACGCAGCGCAAGUGGCUCUACUUGGAAGGCAUAUUCGUUGGUGGCGAUAUACGUACCCAGCUGCCUGAGGAGGCUAAAAAGUUUGAUGAUAUCGACAGGUCCUUUAGGAAGAUCAUGUUGGAUACAGCGAAAAGGCUGAAUGUCGUAGAUUGCUGCACCAUGACUGGCAGACUGGAGGAGUUCAUUAACCUCGGUCUUGGACUACAAAAGUGCCAGAAAUCAUUGAACGAUUACUUGGACUCAAAAAGACGCAUAUUCCCUCGCUUCUUCUUCAUAUCGACGGACGAACUGCUGUCUAUUCUCGGCAGUAGCGAGUGCAGCUGUGUGCAGGAACAUAUGAUUAAAAUGUUUGAUAACAUUCGUGCGUUGGAUCUGUACGUAGAUCAUACCAAUCGUCCCGUUGCUGCUAAAAUGAUAUCUGCUGAAGCUGAGGUAAUGGACUUCCGUAAAGUAGUGUACACGGAGGGUCGCGUGGAAGACUGGAUGAACUUGGUGCUCAAUGAGAUGAGGAACACCAAUAAGUUUAUCUCUAAGAAAGCUAUCUUCUACUACGGGAAGAAUUGGAAAGUGCCAAGGACUGACUGGAUCAUGGAAUACCAAGGCAUGGUGUGCCUGGCUGCUAACGGGGUGUGGUGGACGGCGGAGACCGAGGAGACCUUCAUCCGCAUCCGCAAGGGCAACAAGCGAGCUAUGAAGGAACAUCUCGCGCAGCAGAACGAACAGUUAGACGGACUGGUCGUUAAAGUCAGACAAGAUCUAUCAUCAAACGACCGUCUAAAGUUCCGCACAAUAACGACAAUCGAUGUGCACGCUCGUGAUAUUAUCGAAGGCUUUGUGCGUGACAACGUUACUGAGGCCAGCGAGUUCGAGUGGGAGAGCCAACUGCGGUUCUAUUGGUUGAAGAGAGAUGAUAAUCUGUGGAUAAGGCAGUGCACAGGUAUCUUCGAGUACGGCUACGAAUACAUGGGCUUGAACGGUCGGCUGGUGAUCACACCGCUGACGGAUCGCAUCUACCUUACCAUUACGCAAGCCCUUACCAUGCAAUUGGGUGGCGCACCUGCAGGUCCCGCCGGCACCGGCAAAACAGAAACAACGAAAGACCUCGCAAAAGCGCUAGGUCUACUCUGCGUGGUAACGAACUGCGGUGAAGGCAUGGAUUUCCGCGCAGUCGGGCAGAUCCUCGCCGGGCUCUGCCAGUGCGGCGCCUGGGGAUGUUUCGACGAGUUCAACAGAAUCGAUAUAUCGGUGUUAAGUGUGAUUUCUACGCAGCUGCAGUGUAUUAGAAGUGCCUUGUUGAUGAAGCUGAAGAGGUUUACUUUCGAAGGUCAAGAAAUAGCAAUGGAUAGCAAAGUAGGCAUCUUCAUCACCAUGAACCCAGGAUACGCUGGCCGCACGGAGCUACCGGAGUCAGUCAAGGCGUUGUUCCGACCUGUAGUGUGCAUCUUACCGGAUUUGGAGAUGAUAUGCCAGAUUUCACUGUUCUCUGAUGGAUUCCUUACUGCUAAGGUGCUAGCCAAAAAGAUGACGAUGCUAUACCACGUGGCUCAGCAGCAAUUAUCAAAGCAGUCGCACUACGACUGGGGGCUGCGGGCGCUGACGGCCGUGCUGCGCAUGGCGGGCAAGCUGCGCCGCGACUCGCCCGGACUCAGCGAGAUCAUGGUGCUCAUGAGGGCACUCAGAGACAUGAACCACCCGAAAUUCGUUUUCGAAGAUGUUCCACUCUUCCUGGGUCUGAUCAAGGACUUAUUCCCGGGGCUGGAAUGUCCGCGAGUGGGGUACCCGGACUUUAACGCGGCUGUCACUGAAGUGCUUGAGAAAGAUGGCUAUAUUGUGUUAGCCCAUCAGGUUGACAAAGUUGUGCAAUUAUACGAGACGAUGAUGACUCGUCACUGCACCAUGCUGGUGGGGCCCACUGGAGGUGGCAAGACUGUCAUACUGCAGACGAUAGUCAAAGCACAGACCUUGCUGGGCUUGCCUACUAAGCUUACUGUGCUUAAUCCUAAGGCUUGCUCGGUAAUCGAGCUAUACGGAAUUCUGGAUCCUGUGACCAGAGAUUGGACUGAUGGCUUGUACUCUAAAAUAUUCCGAGAAAUGAACAGGCCAGCAGAAAAAGACGAACGUCGCUACUCUCUCUUCGACGGUGACGUAGACGCUCUCUGGAUCGAGAACAUGAACUCCGUAAUGGAUGACAACAAACUCCUUACUUUGGCCAAUGGAGAGAGAAUCCGUUUGGCUCCGUACUGUAACCUACUGUUCGAAGUGGGAGAUCUGAACUAUGCGUCGCCUGCAACCGUGUCCAGAGCUGGUAUGGUGUUUGUGGAUCCGAAGAAUUUGGGAUACCAACCUUAUUGGGAUAGAUGGCUGCGUGGACGCAACAACGACGAAGAGCGCGAACAACUAGACGGUAUGUUCGACCACUACGUGACAGGAGCUAUCAACUACAUCGUGUUCGGCAUGUUUGGCUUACAGCAACAGACGCCCUUGAAGACUAUUGUGCCGCAAACACCGCUUAAUUUGGUGGUACAACUAUGCUACAUGAUCAGCGGCUUGCUGCCGAACAGAGAGGAUGCUAACGAAGAAAUUGACAGGACUGUUGUCGAAUGCGUUUUCAUGGUGUCGAUGUACAACAGCCUCGGGGCGGCCAUUAUAGAUGACGGCCGAUUCGAUUUCGACGUGUACAUCAAGAAAGCAUGUCCAAUGAUGCUUGUUGAAGAUACGAUAGAGAAAAAAGCUACUACAAAGCACUUCCCAAUGGGCUUCGCAUCCCUCUACGACUACUGCCUAGAACUAACCACCAAGACCUGGGAAGCCUGGGAGUGGCUCGUCCCGGAGUACAUACACGACCGUGAGAAGAAAUUCCCGGCAAUAUUAGUACCUACUGUCGACACGCUGCGGCUUACCUGGCUUAUUAAGAUCAUGGAGAGCGUUGAACGGCCGGUGCUACUGGUCGGUGAAACUGGAACAUCGAAAACUGCUAUAAUCACCAACUAUCUUCGGGGAUUACCUGCAGAUAGAUAUAUAGUUCAACAAAUGAACUUCUCAUCGCGAACAUCUUCAAUGGACGUACAGCGCAACUUGGAGUCUGUCGUCGAGAAGAGGACUAAGGACACCUUCGGUCCACCAGUGGGCAAGAAGAUGCUGGUCUUCAUCGAUGAUAUGAACAUGCCUAUUGUGGACACAUACGGCACCCAGCAGCCCAUAGCCCUACUAAAGCUGUUGUUCGAAAGGAAAGGUUUCUACGACCGUGGCAAGGAUCUCAACUGGAAGAACGUUAAGGAUAUCGGUUUUCUCGCCGCUAUGGGCAAGGCUGGUGGAGGGAGGAAUGAUGUGGAUCCUCGCUUCAUAUCAAUGUUCUCGGUAUACAAUCUUCAGUUCCCGUCAGAGAACACGCUACGUCACAUCUACGUGUCGAUCCUUAGGGGGCACUUCGAAAUAUUCCCCGAAGAGAUACAGAAUAUCGUCGAUAAAAUCGUGCAGAUGACCUUGGAUUUAUAUAAGAUAAUAAUAGUAGACCUACCGCCAACGCCAGCGAAGUUCCACUACAUAUUCAACCUGCGGGAUCUGUCCCGCAUCGCGGCCGGCAUGUGCCUCACUCACCCGAACUACUUCAGCGAGAAGCGCUGCGUCGUGCGAUGUUGGCGCAACGAGUUCACCCGCGUCAUCUGUGAUAGACUCAUCAGUGUGCAAGACAACGACCUAAUGCGCGGUCAUAUUCACGAGCACGUGAUAAAGUACUUCCCGGAGGAAGAGCCCGUAGUCCUGGAAGAGAUCGUCAUACCCGAGGAAGAGGAGAAAGGCGAGGAGGAACAAGAAGUUGACGAGUUCGGUAUGAUACCUGAACAAAAGCCAGAACCAGAGGCGGCAGUUGCAGUGGAAGCAGUUGAAGAGGAGGAGGAAGUUGAACCUGAACAUGAAUACACGUUGGAAGAGUACGUCUUCCGCGACCCGCUACUAUUUGGGGACUAUCGGAACGCGUUAGACGAAGAGGAAAUCCGAUACUAUGAAGACUUGCUGGAUUAUGAAGCUGUGUAUUUUCUGUUCCAAGAGAUCCUGGACGACUACAACGACCGUGUGGGCAAGAUGUCAGUAGUACUAUUCGAGGACUGCCUAGAACACUUGACUCGUACUCACCGAAUCCUGCGCAUGGACCGCGGCAACGCGCUCAUCAUCGGCGUCGGCGGCUCCGGGAAGAAGUCUAUCUGUCGCCUCGCGUCUUUUGCUGCAGGUUGCGACAUCUUUGAGAUCGUGGUGACGCGCAAUUACACCGAGAAUACGUUCAAAGACGACAUGAAGAGGCUCUACAACUCGCUGGGGGUUGAUAACAAGAAGACUGUCUUCUUGUUCACUGCUGCACAGAUCCUGGAAGAAGGUUUCCUAGAGUUCAUCAACAACAUCCUGAUGAUCGGCAUGAUCCCGGCUCUGUUCUGCGACGAUGAGAAAGACGCGAUCAUCAACGCGGUGCGCGGUGACAGCACUGAGGCCGGAUAUGGGAUGGGCAAGGAUGCCGUGUGGAAUUUCUUCUGCACAAGAUGUGCUGAAAAUCUUCACGUGGUGUUGUCUAUGUCUCCUAGUGGCGAUAUAUUGAGGAACAGAUGUCGAAGUUUCCCUGGCCUGGUGAACAAUACUACAAUAGACUGGCAGUUCCCGUGGCCCAAACAAGCUCUAUUGGCCGUCGCUAAUGUUUUCCUAGCUGACGUGGCGAAAAUUCCCGAAGAGUUCCGACCGAUCAUCGUAGAACACGUUGUCCACGUACACUUGUCCGUCGCGCAAUACUCCAUAGACUUCCUGCUGCGUCUGCGCAGGAACAACUAUGUUACCCCGAAACAUUACAUGGACUUCUUGACGAAUUACCUGUCGCUGCUGAAAGAGAAGGAUGCUUUUAUUGUGGCUCAGUGCGAGCGCUUGAUUGGCGGUCUCGCCAAGAUUGAGGAGGCCAACGUUCAGCUAGCCGACCUGAAUGCUAAACUAGCGGUGCAGAAAGUCAUCGUCGCUGAACAAACUAAAGAGUGCGAGACACUGCUCAAAGAGAUCUCUAAGGCCACAAACGCAGCAACAGCAAAACAAACUGUAGCUUCAGUCAAAUCAGCGGAGAUCACAGAACAGAGUGCAGUCAUCUCCGAAGAGAAGGCGGAGGCUGAAGAAGCUCUUUCCGAGGCUUUACCAGCUUUGGAAGCUGCUAGGCUUGCUCUCGCAGACUUGGAGAAGAAUGAUAUCACUGAGAUCAGGUCUUUUGCGACCCCACCUGAAGCUGUACAGACCGUUUGCGAAUGCGUGGCCAUAAUCCGCGGCGUGAAGGACAUCAGCUGGAAGGGUGCUAAAGGCAUGAUGGCCGACCCCAACUUCUUGCGAAACCUUCAGGAGAUGAACUGUGACCUCAUCACGCAGAAUCAGGUCAAAGCUGUGAAAGCUCACAUGAAGAAGAGCAAGAAGUUGGAUACUAUGCAACAGAUUAGUAAAGCUGGAUACGGUCUUCUUAAAUUCGUGAUAGCUGUGCUCGGUUACUGCGCCGUAUACAGAGAAGUCAAGCCUAAGAAGGACAAAGUGGAAGCUCUCGAGAAGGAGUAUACUGAAGCUUGUAACUACUUAGCUUCGCUAAACAGGGAGAUAGAUCGACUGCAAAAAACCUUAGAUGGCCUCAAUAAUAAAUAUGAAACGGCUAUGCUAAGGAGACAGGAGUUGCAAGAGGAAACUGAUAUUAUGAUGAGGAGAUUAAUCGCCGCCGACAAGCUCAUGUCUGGCUUAUCCAGCGAACAGAAACGCUGGACUGAAGAUUUAGCAGCUUUAUACGUGGAACAAUCACGUUUGAUAGGCAACUGUCUUCUCUCAGCAUCGUUCUUGAGCUACGCGGGACCUUUCUCGUUCUCGUUCAGACAGACCAUGAUAUAUGAGGACUGGUUGGGCGAUGUGUUGGAGAGAGGCAUACCCUUGACCACGCCUUUCACGAUUGAGAAGAAUUUGACUAAUGAGGUUGAGAUUAGUGGUUGGAACUCUGAAGGUCUGCCUCCAGACGAGCUGUCAGUACAGAACGGCAUUCUAACAACGCGAGCGUCGCGGUUCCCGCUGUGUAUCGACCCACAGACACAAGCAUUGUCCUGGAUCAAGAGGAAAGAGACUAAGAACAAUCUCAAGGUGUUGUCAUUCAACGACCCGCAGUUUUUGCGCCAACUGGAGAUGGCCAUUAAAUACGGCAUGCCAGUGCUGUUCCAAGAUGUCAACGAGUACAUCGAUCCUGUGGUCGAUAAUGUGCUGGAGAAGAACAUUAAAUUGGAAAGCGGUCGCACAUUCGUGAUGCUGGGCAGCACGGAGGUGGACUACGACCCGAACUUCCGCAUGUACCUCACCACCAAGCUGUCCAACCCGCAGUUCAACCCCGCCACCUAUUCUAAGGCUGUGGUCAUCAACUAUACUGUCACUGUGCAGGGUUUAGAAGACCAGCUCCUAAGCGUAGUAGUACGCGCAGAGCGUUCGGACUUGGAAGAACAGCGUGAAAGCCUCAUCAUAGAGACCAGCGCCAACAAGAGCCUUCUAUCAGGUCUCGAGGACUCGCUGCUGCGAGAGCUGGCCACCUCCACCGGCAACAUGCUGGACAACGUGGAACUUGUCAACACGCUGGAGAACACCAAGUCUAAAGCUGCUGAGGUGAUGGAAAAACUAGAACUGGCAGAGACAACGACCAAGGAUAUAGAGAAACUGCGCGAUGGUUACCGGCCGGUGGCUAAGCGCGGCUCCAUUCUGUUCUUCGUGCUAUCAGAUAUGGCUGGUGUUAACAGCAUGUAUCAGUAUUCACUGUCUUCAUACCUAGAUGUGUUUUCAUUCUCACUGCGCAAAGCUAUGCCGAAUGUUAUACUAACGAAACGAUUGAAAAACAUUAUUGAUAUGCUUACCAAGAAUGUGUAUGAUUAUGGAUGUACUGGUAUAUUCGAGCGCCACAAGCUGCUGUUCUCGUUCCAAAUGAACAUCAAGCUAGAACAGAGUGACGACCGCGUCAAUCAGGCGCAACUAGACUUCUUCAUCAAGGGUAACGUGGCGUUAGAGAAGUCGGCCAGAGCCUGUCCCGCCUCCUGGAUACCGUCGCAGGGCUGGCAAGACGUCAUGAAGCUGAGUUUGGACUUCCAGAAUUCCUUCGCUGCUUUGCCUGACAAUAUUUCUCGGAAACUGUCUGAAUGGCAGGAGUGGUUCGACAGCGACACUCCGGAGUCAGCGGACAUCCCGGGUGGGUACCGCGACACAUUGGAGCCCUUCGAGCUGCUGAUGCUGCUGCGCUGCUUCCGCGUGGACCGCAUCUACCGCGCCCUCACCGACUACAUCACCGUCACCAUGGGCGAGGAGUACAUCACGCCGCCCGUCAUCAGUUUGGACAUGAUAUUCGAGCAGACAACACCGUUCACGCCGGUGGUGUUUAUCCUAAGUCCCGGUUCGGAUCCUACGGCUGAUUUGAUGAAGCUGGCCGAUAGGUGCGGCUUCGGUGGCGGCAAGUUCAAGUAUCUGUCGCUUGGGCAAGGACAGGAGGCGACGGCCUUAGCUCUCCUAGAAGGUGCAAUCUCCCACGGACAAUGGCUGAUCUUACAAAACUGCCAUCUCCUCGUAUCCUUCCUACGGGAGCUGGAGAAACAACUGGAGCUGAUGACCAAGCCGCACCCUGAGUACCGGCUGUGGCUCACCACUGAUCCCACUCCUACAUUCCCCAUUGGGAUCUUGCAGAGAUCGCUUAAAGUGGUGACGGAGCCGCCCAACGGCCUGAAGCUGAAUCUCCGCAACACGUACUUCAAGAUGCGUUCUCACGCGCUCGAGGAGUGUACACACCCGCAGUUCAAGAAACUCGUCUACGUACUCGCUUUCUUCCAUGCUGUUGUACAGGAGCGACGCAAAUAUGACAAGAUCGGCUGGAACAUAUCGUACGACUUCAGCGAGUCUGACUUCAUGGUGUGCAUGCAGAUCCUUCAGUGUUACCUCGACAGGUGCUAUGCGGUCAAGGGACCCAUACCCUGGGCCACGCUCAAGUAUCUGUUUGGAGAGGUGAUGUACGGAGGUCGUGUAAUAGACGACUACGACCGUCGCACUGUGGGCACGUAUAUGGAGGAGUACCUCGGCGACUUCCUGUUCGACAAGUUCCAGCCCUUCCACUUCUACCACGACGCAACGUUCGACUACGUCAUACCGCCUGAUGGGGAGAAGGAACAGUAUAUUGAGUUCAUCGACAUCCUACCAUUGGCGAACACUCCCGAAGUAUUUGGCUUGCACCCGAACGCCGAAAUUGGCUACUUCAGUCAAGCAGUGCGGGAGAUGUGGGGACAUCUCAUCGAGCUGCAGCCGCAAACCAGCGAGGGCGGCGGCGCGAUGAGCCGCGAGGACUUCAUCGACGGCACGGCGGUGGACGUGCUGAGCAAGCUGCCGGCGCCCUACGAGAUCUGGCGCGUGCGCAAGCAGUUCGAGAUGAACAUCACGCCCACGCUCGUCGUGCUGCUGCAGGAGCUAGAGAGAUUCAAUCGCCUUAUAAAGAAGAUGCACACUACGCUCUCACUGCUCCGCAAAGCGUUAGCAGGCGAGAUAGGCAUGGACGCAGUAUUAGACAACGUAUCUUACUGCAUGUUUAACGGACAACUGCCGCAAGUGUGGCGGUCCUUAGCCCCGGCCACGUGCAAGGGGCUGGGGGGCUGGAUGGACCACUUUAUUGCAAGGACUAAGCAGUAUACGGACUGGGCGACAAUGGAAGAACCGGUAGUGAUCUGGCUAUCAGGACUUCACAUCCCGGAGUCGUACCUGAUCGCGCACAUCCAGAUCGCGUGCCGCCUGUACACGUGGCCGCUCGACCGCUCCACGCAGUUCACGCGCGUCACCUCGUGGAGAUCCGCUGACGAGAUCGAGGAGAGACCCGUCACUGGUUGCUACGUGCGAGGUCUGUACUUGGAAGGAGCACGCUGGGACUUGGAGGAGGCGUGCCUCAGACGCUCGCACCCCAAGGUGUUAGUGACCGAGCUGCCUAUAAUGUACGUCAUACCUAUUGAAGCACAUAAACUCAAGCUGCAGAACACUCUACGCACACCAGUCUACACGACGUCACAGCGUCGCAACGCAAUGGGAGUCGGUCUCGUGUUCAACUCUGACCUGUGGACUGCUGAACACCCUAGCCAUUGGAUACUGCAGGGCGUCUGUCUUAUUAUGAAUACUGACUGAAUUGGUACAAGGCGGUGGAGAUAUGUUUUAGACAUGGUAAUGUGAGUUAUUCAGCUUUCAACUGCAGGCUUUUUAGGAAACUCGCACACUGUGAUUUGUUGUACUUAGCACAUAUUAUGUAAUUUGAAUAAUUAUCUAUUGGUUUUACCACGGAGGAACUAAAGAUAGGCGGAGAUGCUAUAUGGAAAGUAGGUCAAAGGCCUUCUUGUAGGUCACGGAAACGUACGGUAGGCGAGAUCAGUUACUAGUAGUAACUAGGAGCCCGAACUCCUUGUUUAUUCAAAACCAAUCUGUAAAAGAUUGGUCUUCAUUGAUUGGUGAUUUAAUUUUGAAAAUAUACGGGUGGGUUUCAUCCCCCGAACACCCGCAUUUUGGCGCGCUACUUUCUUAGGAGUUGUGCUUUCUGAUAUCUCUACUAGUCAUUUUUCUCUCCAUAGGUUAAUCCGACUACAAUUAAUAAUGUAUUAUGUAUGGCGCAAUAAAGACGUCAAAGUUCAAUACCAGUUCCUGACCAUUGCAAGAUAUAUCUGCUACCUAGGUAAUGUUCACACGAAAUGCUAAACAAAUCCGCCGCCAGUAUAGCAACUGUCUAGUCAGUAGUACCUGUUUUUAUAGAAUUAUCUUGUUUUAUUAUAAGGUUUUGAAUUAGAUGUUAAUUUUUAAAU